AUGGCGGAGAAUGGAGGGAGGACGGAGAGCAUACACGAUGAGGGAUGGUGGAAGAAUGCGAACCAUGACAGCACUCAGCGACUUGCAGAUCAGUUCGACUUCAAUGAAUGGCAAUGGUUCCUGCAGAGCGAAUCUGCUCCUCCUGUUCCUCCUCCCGCAGCCGUUGUUGAAGGCCUUGCCUCUCCCGAGCACUUCACGUGGCUGAGAAGCAAGGAGGGUCUGGAGCAGGAGCUCUUCAGCGAGGGGGUCGUCCGUAUUGGUUCUGUCAGCGACCAGUGGCUCAACUUAGCACAACAUUUCUGCAAGACGAAUCCCUUUGACAAUGUGCUAUCACUGGGAAGUGAGAGGAGGGAGGAUGGUUACGCAGAGAAAGGCAGAGUAUUCGCAGGGCCAUGGGAGGAGUGGAUGAAGAGCCUCAAGCAUGAGUACUCCUACGCGAGCGUCAUCACCGCCUUUCCUACCUCCGACCAUCAUCAGGGCUGGCACAGAGACACGCCUGACGACGAGGAGAACAGCUACCAUCAGAUAACGCUCAUGGUCUACCUCACCGACGUCACACAAGCCAAUGGCGCCACUCAGUUCCGUCGCAUCGCAUCGCAGGACGAGAUGCUCAUUGAGGGCUCUCGCGGAACCGUCGUUGCCUUCGAGAGCAGCCGCACGGAGCACCGAGGGCUGGCGAACCGCCAAGACAAGCCGCGCGUGCUGCUGUACAUCGCCUUUGAUGACUGA